AUGUCAAGCCUUGUCAUCGGCACUGCGCCGGAGGGUCUGGACUUGUCCGCCGACAGGAUCGCACAGAAUGACGGCACGGUUGCUGCUGUGAUGGCAAUUGCCACAGUUUUCGUGGGUUUGCGAUUCUGGGCCCGGACAACGAAUAAAAGUGCCAAUUUAGCAUAUGAUGACUGGUUUGUUUUGGUGGCAUUGGUAUCAUCACCGCCAGCUACCUACUUAAAAGUCCCGUUGAAACUAACAAAGAGUGUUCUCAGGAGGCGCAUAUGGGACAGGCAAACAUAUAUGGGUGGUGGAGGCAAAUGA